AUGGUGUACACCGGCGCGGGUAUCUCCACGUCAGCAGGCAUUCCGGAUUAUCGGGGGCCGAACGGCGUGUGGACGCUGCGCUCUAAGGGCAUUCAAGUCAAAGAGCCGAACUUUCUUCAGGUGUCGCCGACGCUGAGCCACUUUGCGAUCACGGCGAUGGUGCAGGCGGGCGUCGUGCGACACGUGGUGUCGCAGAACAUCGACGGGCUGCACCGGCGAUCUGGGCUGCGGUCGCAGGAAAUCAGCGAGCUGCACGGUAACUUUUGUCGCGAGGUGUGCGCGCGCUGCGGCGCGGAGUUUUUCCGCGGAUACUCGGUGUGGAAGGGGCUCACGACGGCGCGCGGGUCGACGCAGGAGGACGCGAAUCGCGCGGCGAAGAUCCUGCUGGAGCGCGCAACGGGGGUGGUGGCGGACGGGGGGAAGAAAGAGGGGGAGAGGGGGGAGGGAUCCGCGCGGAAGGAGAAGGCACGGGGGGUUGGAAGUGGGAGGAAGGGUGGAGGAGGUGGUAGUGCUGCGCUGAAAAAGCGGAAAAGGAAUGAUAAAGGAGAAGAGGCGGCGAAGCGGAAGGCGAAGAGAGCGCGAAGCGCGAGAGCGAGGAGAUUUGUUGAUAGCGAGUCGGAGAGUAGCGAGGAUGAGGAGGAAGAGGAGGAGGAACAAGAGUCAGAGGAGGAAGAGGAAGAGGACGAGGAAGAAGAGGAGGAAGAGGAGGAUGAUGAGGAUGAGGAUGAGGAGGAGGAGUUGCAGUUCGACCAUCGGACGGGGAGGAUGUGUGAGGUGGAGGGGUGCGGAGGGGAGCUAGAGGAUUGCGUCGUGCUGUUCGGAGAGUGCCUUCCCAACGAGGUACUGCUUCCUCCACUCGCCUUUCCAACCCUCAUUUUUCGCUUUCUCCCCGUGCUCUCUCAUUUUCCCAUUCGCUCUCCCCACACAACUCCCCGCCCCGCAUGCCCCGCCCGCCCCCCGUUCUUCCCGACUCUCCCAACCCCCCCGCUCCCUCCCUCCCUCCCUUUUCCUUUUGUCAAAUGUGUCAUUCGCGUAUCACGAUACCUGGCUGCAUUUUUCUGGUUUUGGUUUCUCGUUGCAUUCCGACUCACUUUUCCCCAUUCUCCUCAUCUUCAUAUCCCCCCAUUCCACCUUUCCCCUCUCUCCACCCCCUUCCCCUUCCUCUCUCCCUUCCCACACACCCCCUCUUUCCUCCCUCUCCUCCGCCCUCCCCCGAUUCCCCUCCCCACCCUAUUCCCCUUCCCCAACCGCCCCCCUCUCCCCCCGGCGCUCCGCUUCCAGCCGCUGAAGUCCGCGAAGCGCCACAGCGACCGCGCGGACGUGGCGCUGGUGAUGGGGUCGAGUCUGCGCGUGGGUCCCGCGUGCAACUUCCCCGCCAGUGUGCCGCGCCACGGCGGAAGGCUCGUGAUCAUCAACCUGCAGCCCACCCCCAUGGACGCGCGCGCGGAGCUGGUGAUUCGAGGUCAAUGCGACAAGGUGAUGCACAUGUUGCUACUGGAGCUGCGACUCACGCCCCUCCUGCACUCCCUGCGCCGCACACACACCCCACCCCCACCUCAUCCGCAACCCCUAAGCCCCUCCAAGCCUCACCUCAAGCCCGAGUCAAAACCACAACCACAACCAUCUUCAGCAGCAGCAGCAGCAGCAGCGGCGGCUUCUUCGCAGUCUCACCCUCUUUCUCCCACUGCUCGAUCCGUCGGUAGUGGCAAGGCAACGGGGGGACAGAGAGAAGUGGGAAAGGACGGGAAGAAACGGACGAAGGAGGCGAGUGUGGGCGAUGGGAAGGGCAAAGCCGCCGGGAAGGGCAAGCGGGGCAAGGAGAUAAGUCUUAGCUUGGAGUGGCCGAGUGUGGGGCGUGUUAGUGGUUCAGUGCCCAGGCGUGGGAGAGAGACAGACGGCCGUGCUGGUAGUGGUGCUAAAGUUGCUGCUGCCGGUGGUAGUGCUGGCGUUAGAGAGGCUGACAAGGACGCGUGCUGCAUGGAUGAGCAGAGGAUCGAGGAAGCUUGUAGGGAGGACAAGGGCAUUGGCGGUUUGGAAGGUGGGAGUAGCGUCCAGCCGUGCGGGGCGGAGGAGGCGGAGGAGUUGGAGGAGGAGGAGAAAGUGAAGGAGAAGGAGGAGGAGGAGAAGGAGGAGGAGGAGGAGGAGGAGGAGCAGAAUCAGGAGAAGGAGAAGGAGAAAGAGGAGCAGGAGAACGAGAAGGCCAAGGAGGAAAAGGAGGAGGUGGAGUGGAAUAGGGAGAAUGGCAGGAAAGGGGAAUCAGAAGGGGAGUGUGUGAGGACGAGUGUGGAUGUUGAGAGUCGGGACGCGGCCGACCAGGAAUCUAGGCUUGCUGCUGUAGGAGGGUCCGCGUAUUCGGAUGUUGGUGCUGCUGCUGCUGCAACGGUUGUUGCUGAUGCUGAUUCUGGUGACGCAGGUUGCCGCGUUGCUGCCGCUGCAGGCGCUGAGACAACGGCUGCUGCUGUUGCCGCGGAUCCAAGGCGAGGAGCCUGCACGUGGGAGGCUGUGGUGGGCAGGAGCGAGUGCGCAGCUGCUGCGAAGGAGGCCAGUGGAGCGAGAGAAGGCGUGAAGGAAGAGGAGACACGGAGCGAGAGUGUGGAUUGCUGCACCCACGUGGUGAGGGACGACGAGGCUAAGAACCACGUGGUCGAGAAUCACGAGGGUAGCAUCCACGCGGAAGACAGGCACGAAGGAAAGAGUGAUAAGGAAAGGCGCGUUGAAGCAAGGAGCGACGAGCGAGGGAACGUAGAUGGUGGUUGCGGUAGUGGCGUUGAUGCCAGCUCUCCACCUCAUGACGAGGCGCCCCUUCCUCGCUCCUCAUCACCUUCACGUGAACAGCAUCAGCAGCAGAAUCAGUACCAGCAGUACCACCGCCAGCGCUCUCAGCACGUCUCUGCCACCCUGAAUCAACCUUCCCCGCUCUCAUCUCCCCCCCUCGCCCCAUCUCGUCCCUCCACGCACUCCCCUCCACCUCACCCGCUCUCUCCAACGGGCCCUCGAGGUCUCCCCCCUAAGCAACCAUCCGUGCCAUCUACACGCCGUCCCACCCUCUUCUCCCCUCCUCACCUACCGUUCGUUACUCCGCCUCGAGGGGGAUUUUCAUCCCCCUCACACAUCUCCCCCGCGCACUUCUCCUCUCCCGUUGGUAGGGCCGGACUGGCAUCGUUCCCUGAACCUGGAUCCCCAUUUAUGGAUAUUACAGUAGCUGCUGGGGCUGAGGAGCAUGCACAGUCAGCUGGUGACAGGCAUGGGUUUCUGCACGAGCAGGUGCUAAAAGAGCGACUUGGGGAGAGGGAGAAGGAAAGGGAGAGGGAGAGAGAGAGGGAGAGAGAAAGGGAGAGGGAGAGGGAGAGAGAAAGGGAGACGGAGAGGAGCAGGAUUAGAGAUGGGUACAGUUCUGUAGAGAGGGAUCUGCAUGGGCGCAGGGAACAUAAUCAGCAUGAGCAUGUGGACUGCCACAGCAGCAGGCACGGCGGUGGGAUUGAGCAGAGGCAUCUCGUGCUUCCCGGCGACAAUGGGUUCGACCCGCUGGGACUGGCGGAGGACGCGGAGGCUCUGCGGUGGUACGUGCAGGCGGAGCUGGUGCACUGCCGCUGGGCCAUGCUGGGCGUCGCCGGCGUGCUCGGCACUGAUCUGCUGACCACUCUGGGCCUCGCGGACCUCCCCGUGUGGUACGAGGCGGGUGCGGCGCACUACGACAUCGCCAACGCGCCCACUCUCUUCGCCGUGCAGUUCAUCCUCUUCAACUUUGUGGAGCUGAAGCGGUGGGCGGACUUCAAGGCGCCGGGGUCGCAGGGGCAGGACGAGGCAUGGUUCCUGGGCAUUGAGCCCACCUUCCUGGGCACGGACAACGGCUACCCUGGAGGUCCUCUCUUCAACCCCUUCGGCCUGGCAGCUGAUGCAGUGACAGGGCACAAGGCUCGUGAGCAGGAGCUGGCAAAUGGGCGUUUGGCGAUGGUGGCAUCUGUCGGUUUUGCAGCGUUCUGGAUUGAUUACGACGGCAAGGAGGUGGCUUACGAAAAGAUAAAGCCAGGUCAGACGUAUCGUCAGCGUACCUUCGUGUUGCACCCGUGGGCCUUCCGUGAAUGCGCUUCAAAUGAGCCUCUCGUAGUCGGGAAGAAGCUGGUCGCACUCCCUGAAGACGCUGAAGAGAGUGAAAUGGUGAUUGUCAGGCCAGGAUCUAUCAGAUGGAGCCCCGAAACCCACAAUCGCUUUCCGGAAGCAUUCAGGGAAAGCGUGAAGGCCUUGCUCCUUUCCUACCAGUGGUGCCAUGUCAAAUCAGAAUAUCCGGAACACCCUUGGACCCAAGACCGCCUGGGAUUGCACAUGUCUGAGCUUCCUCUGGACGUAAUUCACACGCUUGUUGAGAUGGCCGCACCUGAUGUUCUUGACAUCGACUACUGA